AUGUGAUAUUUGCGGAGGUCUGAGUCAAACAUCGCCAAACAUCGGAGGCAACAGUUCCCCGACAAUGUCGAUCGACCCUCGAUUGCUUGGGGCUGCCCGGCGGGGUGAAAGUUGAAAGUUCGCCCAAGUCUGAAAACAGGAGGCACGUGCAGACUGAAAAGUCCAGUAGCACCAGCUGCAGCGAUGGCUGCCAUCUACUCCGGUAUCCAUCUGAAACUGAAGAGUCCUCAGACUCCAUGGGAGGACAAGCUGAAGCUGGCACGUUUCGCCUGGAUCUCCUCUCAGUGCCUGCUGCCCAACAAGGAACAGGUGCUGUUGGACUGGUGCACCCAUGCUUUGACAGGCUGGUACAAUCAGAAAGUGGAGUUUUCUCCGAAUGUAUUGGAAGGCCUGUGGUGUUACCUCGACAACCUGCUUCACAGCCGGAAGCUCCACUCACUUCUCAAGCAGGGCAAGACCAUCAGCCUGAGGCUCAACAUGGCUCAGCUGCUGCUUGACCGUCUCCAGGAGUGUGCACGUAUUGGCUCCAAGUCACUGGUGUGUGCGCCCACCAUACUGAGUGUGUGUCAGGGUAUUCUCUCUUCUCCGGUGCUCUCAUCUGUCUUCAUCACCAAGUAUGAACUCAUGGUUGAUCUGCUGGUCAAGCUCUGCUCUAUGGCCUGCUGUGAGCUACAGCAGCCAUUGCUCACAGAAACCAUCAUGACGGAGGCAGUUGCAUGUCAAGAUGAGGUGAUGACAGAGUGUCUUCCAAACCAACCUGCUGCCAAUCUGGACAUGUUGGACUCUCCCCCAGAUCACCUAGAGUUAGAUACAAAUAAAUCCCCUUCCAAGCCUAAUGGCAAACCCUCAUGUAAUUUGUUUGAGGGGCUACUUCAGGUGUUGUCUUGUUAUUUAGCAGUACAGAGACAACAAGCCAACCCUAACAGAGUCUUCACUAUGGUAACCAACCAACUGAUUCAGCCAUUAGUGCUACUCAGACACCUGCUGACUUCUGGCGAAUUAGCAUCCUGUCACACACAUCUCCGUCAGCAGCUGUGCAGAGAUGUCCGCGUCAAGAUAGACGCCAUCCUUCAGUCUGCGCUCUUUCCGUCUGAGCACAUGACCUCCUACAAGGAGGAGCUCCUUCCAUCCAAAGGUGAUUCUGGGAAACGCGGUCCGGGUGGGGCAAAAGGCCCCCUGAAGCCAGUCAGUGCCAUCAUUUCCAAACUGAGUGCUCAGGGCUACUGCGAGCCCCCCAUGCACUACUCUGUAAAGUCCAACACGUUGUCUCUGCUGUUCAAGUUUUUCCUGGAAAGCUAUGGAAAAGAAAGAGGAGGAAGUGAAGAAGAACAGAAGAUGCUGUGUUUCUAUUUUCUCAUCAGAUUGGUCCCAGCCUUGGACCUAUGUCUUGAUCACUACAUCUCACCAGCAAAAGCAGAGCCGGCAGUGUCUGAGACCCCUGGUCGGAAAUCUUCUCCGGCCUCCCUCCAAUCCCCAGAGAGCUGGAGCCUGGCUCUGUUGGCUGUAGAGUCCCUGCUGAGCCAGGCUCUGUCAGCAGAUAUGUAUAAUGUAGCAGCAGACAGGAUACGACACAAAGAGGUCCAACUCAACUUUUACAGAGCAGUGGCACAAAUGCUCUUCAACCAAGCCCAGCCAAGCAUCCCAGCAUGGUACCGCUGUUUGAAGGUGCUGUUGAGUCUCAACCAUCUGAUUCUUGAACCAGACCUGGACCAGCUGUUGUCAUCAGCCUGGGUUGAUUCUGAAUGCGUGGAAGCACGAGUGCAGCGGGCCAGACAGCUCAUGGUGUGCAGUCUCCUCCAGACCUACACUAAGCUCCGUCAGCUCCCUCGCCUCUUCUCCGAGCUCCUGUCUGUGGUCUGUCAGCCAGCUCUGGAAGAACUGCGACCUCCGCUGCUGUCUGAGGGUGUCUCCGCCUCCCUCAGGACUUGUCUUCUGGACACACCCCCAUCCCAGGGCCUAGAGAUCUGCUCAUUAGUGUUGGAGACCAUGAGGAGAUAUAUACUCCCUGACCUGGUGAAGGAAGGAAGCCAUGCAGAGAAGAUGGAGAUUGAUGGAGGAGGAGAUUGUAAAGGAGAAAAAGGGGACGUUAAUGUGGAUCAAGAGAGACAAGAUCCAUCACUGAAGCUCUUCUCCCUCAGCCAGCUCCUUCAUGCUGUUUUAUUUAGUCUGAAAACACUAGACAAUGCAUCUCCUCUUCCUUUAGUCCGGCAGGUUCAAGCACUGAUGAAGGAGUUGCAGCAGGUAGUCAAGGAGUUACUGCAGCUGAUGUCAACAGAAAAGAAGCCUGAAAAAACAAAGAUAAUUCAAAAGACCCCAAGGAAAGGCAAAAAGAAAUUGGACCAGAAAGAGCCAGAGAAGGUCUUGGUACGGUGGGAACAGAAGACCCAGGAGGCCACUCUGCUCCUCUGGUACACCUGGGUGGAAGUGGACACGCUUUUUGAAAUUCACUGUAGUAAAUACAUAUCUCUUGAUUCUGCUCAGAUGACAGCUGGACGUGAGACUGAGGACCAAGCUCUUUCUAAUGCACCAGACCUAACUCGCAUGAAUAGUCUUGUUUCUGGUAACGUCUUACCAGCACGUCUCCAUCCCUCCCCCUCCUGCAGCCCCAUGAGCUGUUUGUUGCUCAAACUCCUCACUUUACAACAGAUGAAAAAAGUGAUGUUAGAGAGCAACUCACUCAGCGAACCCAGCACUGCUGCACCGCUAAACCGAGCAGCACAGUUUAUUUUAGCUGAACUGAAUCUUGAGGUGAGUCCAGAUGGAGAUCAGGUGUGGGACGGUCAGAUAAGCAGUGUGAAUCCCAGCUCCUACGUUGUUGCACACUGGUAUCUUGUCGCAUCCAAUCUGCCUUUGAUUGCUCCCUACCUGAGCGGAGGAGAUGUGGCCUGCAUAGCAAAUGUUCUCGUCGGUUCACUCCUCAGCAGACGAAUGGACCAGCUACCCAGCUGCAUGACCGUCUUCCUCAUAUCUUCACAGCUUCUCCAAAGCCCAAUUCUUGCUGAGUUGCCUUCAGUUUUCUCUGCAACCGUUUGUUCCCUCACUAAGAGGAUUCGUGGUGUUCUCACGGUGGCAACUGCACCCAAGGUUUGUGCUACGCUCCCAAAGCUUCGGGAAGAAGGAAACAAUGACAGUCAGCCUCUUUCUGAACUGGUGAAAAACGAGACCAUAGUUGAGGAUAUAUUGGCCUCUUCUAAGACUGGAGACGUGUUUGUAUCGCUUACUGUCACUCAGACCAAGGAACUGGUGAUCCUGAUUCAAAUGUUAUCAAACCUUAACCCAGAUGGGAUGACCUCUGAGGAUCUCUCCUCUGUUUUCCUCCUCCUCUUCUUCAUGCUCACCUCCACCUCCUGUCAGUCAGACGGGGUGGUUGUCGAUCUUCCUGACUGUGGAAAUGAUGUUGUAUUCCUAGUGAAGCUGCUCAGGAUCCUGACUUUUCUUGUGGAGAGUAGACACUUAAAAAGUGUUUUGAAGCUCAUUCAUGCAGGUACUCUGCUGCAGGCUGCUGUGUCUUCUCUCCUCUGGCAUAGCAACAAUGGCCGAUUUCGAGUCACGCACAGCCCUGACUGGUUGGAUAUGAUCAAAGCAGUGCAGGACUUCAUCAGGUCCUUGGUCCAGCUGAUAAUAAACAGAAAUAGCAGCGUCCAACUCAACCUGGAGCAGUUCGCCUCAUUUCUAACCAGUAAGGAAAUGGCAAGCAGGCUCAAGGUCGCACCAAGUUCAGCAGCUGUUUCAGGUAAACCACAUCCAGAAACAUCCAUUUUGUCAGUUCAUCUUGAGCUGGCAUCGCUAACUUCUUUCGCACAGGCGAUGACCUCUAACCUGGGAAGGAGUAAACCAAUGGAUCAAACUUUGACCCAAAUGCUCACAAGAGUGACUGCUACACUGGGACCAGUUAUCGAGUCGGUCCUGAGCACCCAGACUGUCAGCGGAGCUGCUGUCCCGUCAGCCAGUGCACUCGAUCAGGCCUUUGUGGUUGAAGUUGUUACCGUCAUGUUGCACUGUGAGCUCUCCUCGCUGUCAGUGGAGGAUGACAACAAGCAGGAUGGCACCAGGCUCACCCUGAGCCACAUGCCCCUCUAUCAGAGCUUGUGCCAGCAGAUCCUCAGAGAAAUAAGCUCUGCCUCCAGGCCCAUGGACUCCCUGGUUUCCUCUCUCAAUUUCCUGUCCACUUUCUACAAAGCAAUGAAGAGGACAAGAGGAGAUGAGGAGAAGGGAGGAGAGGAGCUGGAUGAACUGUAUGUUCAGAUACUGCAGAAUGUGUACACACUGAUUGCAGCUCCUUGGCUGUCUUCAGAAGACGUCUGUGAGCUGCAGUCAGCUGUGCAGGAGCUGCUGCGCCACCUUGUGGAGAAAAGUACAACAGGUCAGUUGGAGCUGCUGCUCCUGAUGAUCAGAGAAGGGCUGAACGCUGGCAAGUUGAGGGCUGGAAACCACAGGGAGGUUCUAUCGGCAGUAACCAUCAUUAAGCUGCUGUUCUGCUGUCAGUUACCUGAGCCCUGCGCUAAAGCUCUGUGGCUCAUUGCACCGCAGAUUAUAUCUGCUAUGGUGUUCUUGGUAAGAUCGUCUGGUCGGGACACCUCUCUGACCCUUCCCUUCACCGUUCCUACGGUGACGUCGCUGACGUCACUGCUGCGCCAGGGAGAAGGGCUCAUCACCAACCCCCACCAUGUGAUUUUGGUGCUUGGGGCGCUGCAGUCGGUGUCCCUCGAUCACUUGUCCUCACUCGUCUACCAGUCAGCAUUCCUGGCUGUUCAUGAGGCGCUGUUUGCCAUCAUUCAGUGUCAUCCUCAGGCGAUGUUGAAUGCAGCUCCAUCCUUCUUAAAUGUCUUCUAUCAUCUGGUGGCAUCCAUCAUGCAGGAGGGUCGGCAGAGAGGAAACAGUGACACUGGUUCGGAUGGUGACGUGUAUCUCCAGUGCUCCAGGUUGAUAGAGAGAAUGUACUCUCACAUUGCUGCUACAGCUGAGAGCUUCACCACGCUGUCGGCCUUUAUGGUGGCUCAGUACGUCACAGAGCUCCAGAAGGUUACCCUGCGGCCGGACAUAAAGCUGCAUCUGACUGAGGGGAUCUAUCAGAUUCUGGACCUGUGCGUGGAGCAGGAUAUCAAGUUUCUGAUGGGCGGACUACAGAUGGGAGUCAGAGAGGUGUUCAACGAUCUGUACGGCAGCUACACCCACUACCACAAAGCACAGAGGCAAGGAGAGGACAAGUACACCGUUUGAACUGUCACAACAGCCCUCAUAGAUAGACUAUAUUUCUGUGAUAUUUUUACAUUUGAAUGAGACAUAACAGCUUGUGGAUAUCAUAGGACAUAAACAGUUGUCGCUGAAGAAGCUCACAGUAGGUAUCGAGAGGGUUGACCCACUGGCAAAAUUGUGCUGCCUGUUAUAACUGGUUAAUAUUUGUUGUCUGCAAAAGGACAUUGAAGACCAAAGCUUUCUACAAGUGGAUUACCUUAGUUACCUUAGUUACACCCUACUGUACCACAUGGCUGACAGGAGAAACACUCACUGUGGGAUGGGGUCAAUAUGAGAACUGCUCACUGAGGUGAAUGGUGUGUAAAAUGUGUUGUUUAUAUUGAAAUCAACUGGUUUCAGUGAGAUAUGAGAAAUAUUUGACUAAAAUGCUGAAGGAAAUAUGAAUGUAAAUUGUACUUUUCUGUAUUAGUAGUUUUGUUUUUUACCAGAUCUUAAUGAUUUAACGGUGAUAAAUGUAUCUGCUGACUCAAA